AUGUCAACAUCCUCCGCAACAGAUUCUUCGCGGGAAUCAUACCCCGACAGUCCCGUCUCCCUCUCAAGCCGCAACAUCAACAAUCCCGUAUUCUCAUUCCCCGUCCCCCAAUGUCGCCGAAAGCGAAGAGACAUCCCCAAAGUCCACCGCUACUAUUCCACCCCAUUGCGAGCAGACUCGCCGGACUCCACCCCACUGCAGCUGUACGGACUCGAACAGCGCGAGCCCUCCAUCUACGAGAAACCACGCCUCCUCCGCCGCUUCUCGCACGCCCUCGACGACAUUAAGGAGGACUUCUCCCUGCAGCUCGACCCAAACAACGUGGCCAGCAAGAUUCGGAGCAGACGUCAGUCAAUGCUGAUGUUCGAUGCGGCCGCAAGCCCGUCAGACACAGACACAACGCUCCAUCACGAUCAACACCCCAUUACGGCGUCUGGCCCUCCGCGCUCGAGACCCGUCUCCAUCCUCUCCUUCGACAACUGGGGCCCACCCACGAGGGGGCUGAGUCGUCGACUGUCGACUUUCCGGUUCAGGUCGAGGAGGAAGAGGGCUGUGCCGGCACAACUCGCGAGCAUCUCGCAACCGAACUUGAUCGGGUCUUCGACGAAUAUGUAG